CACAUCUUCAGUCCAGUUUUUUUUUUUUUUCUUUUUCUUUUUCUUUUUCUUCCUGCACUGCUGUAUAUGAUAGCCACCAUGUUUUUUCAGGGAACUCUUCAGGAGGGAAUCGCUCUUGCCGUGAGUCAGUCCAAGGCAGUUGUCUGCUUCGUUCGGGAUGACGAGGAGCUGAGCAAUGUAUGGGAGAACGAAUAUUUCGCAGACGACCCUACGUUUGCGCAGUUAUUUAUGGAAGAGGCCAUUACGUUGCGACUCCCAGUGGGAAGCGAGGGAGCUACAUAUCUCACAUCGUUCUGUCCGAUCCCAACAUUACCAGGUCUUGUGGUUAUUAGAGAUGGCAUGAUGCGAGAGUACAUCAUACCCGAAAUUACGAAGGAGAAUUUUCGCGCGCGACUUCGAGCCGUUUUGGAAGAUGGGGGGAAAUCGUCGCAAGCUCCACAACAGACACAGACUGAUGCCGGGGGUAGUUCUGCUGCUGUGCCUGCUGAAUCUACAUCUGACCCGGCACCUGCCGCUCAAUUAACCCCGCCUGCUUCCCAAGUCGCGCAAUCCCAAUCUCAAACCGCACCAGCUACGAAUGAGAUGGAGACACAUCGUGAUGAGAACAAACGUGCUGAAAAGUCGUCUGCGCAAAAUCCAGGACCGUUCAAACGAGCGAUGCCAACCAAGGCUUCAUCGCAGAAAUCACAGCAACAACAAGAAAGCCGCAUCAACCAGACGAAGCAACCCGACAAAAAGCCGCGCAAAGCAGCACCAGCGCCUUCCAGCAAAACCAACGACACGGAAGUACGCCCAAAGCCACCCCGAACACCUCCAAAACAAUACCGUCUCCAAAUCCGUCUAUUUGACGGCAGCUCCGUCCGUUCAAGUUUCGAUCCCUCGCAAUCCAUCCGCAAAGACGUCCGCCCGUGGCUAGAUGAUCAAAUGGAUGAGAAGCAUCCAUUCAACCUGAAGCACAUCCUCACUCCCCUACCAAACCACACUCUCACCAUCGCCGACGAAGAACAAACACUCCAGGAGUAUUUAGGACUCGGAGCAACCGCCAACCUGGUCAUGGUCCCCAUCCAGUCAUAUACAGAGGCAUAUACAGGGUCAGGCUCUCUACCCGUGCGGGCAGUAAGCGGAGUUUAUGACUUGGCUUCUUCUACAGUAAGUGCUGCAGCAGGGUAUGUCGGUUCGUGGCUCGGGUAUGGACAGACGACAGCGUCGGAGGGCUCUUCUGCUGCUCAAUCUUCUUCAACAUCUGGCAAUGCUAGAACACCAGAAUCACGACCUGCUGGGUCCCGGGGACCGAACAUUCGGACCUUGACUGAUCAGCGUAGGGAGCAGGGCAAUAAUCAGUUCUAUAAUGGAAAUCAGCUUAACUUUCAACCACGCGAGAACUCUGAUCAGCGAUGAAAUGAUCUUUUCGUCAUUGCGGAUCACCUUGCUUAGGCGUUGACGGUGUUAUAUUUCUGCUUUCGUUUCUGAUACUCAGCUAUCUAUCAUUAUUGAGCACCUCAAGUUGUAUAGCAUAACUCCAGACUAAACCCUAUGGUACUACGCCUUAAAUUGGUGAAAAUGCUUGCAAAUUGGAGUGGAGAUUGUUCCUUGUCUUGAUUCUGUCUUUCAUAUAUCGCAUAAGAAUAGGCAGAGCCAUCAGACGCAUCAAAUAAUAAAAUACAAAUCCUCAGUGAUAUACAUGAGAGGACAUUAUGCCGCUAUACAAAUACAAAUCAUAUCAACAUCCC